AUGUUUACCUUGCAGAAGGAAGAAGAAGCGCAGAAAUGUGAUGCCCAAAGGCCAUUCUGCAAGACAUGCCAAAUCGCGGGCAAAGAGGAUGAGUGUCACUACACCGACGGCAGUCGGGGCAGCCUCGCGCGUGACCUCCUCCGGCGCAACCGCGAGCUCGAAAAUAGACUGAAGGAAUACGAAGAGAAGAGUUCUUCAGGGAGUCCACAACCCCCUGACUCGUCGUCGGCUUCGUCCAGCGAUGCGCCCUCAUCCUCAUCAACGUCGCCCAGCUUACACUGUCUAGGGGAUUUUGAUGGGCCUGCCCAGUCAAUAUCAAUCGCUCACGCGGACUGCGCCAUCAUUGAACCUGUACUCGACAUUGCAUAUCCCGACUUCAGCGGCACCGGUGCGGAGGUUGUGUUUCCGUACGCUCCUGCAAACUCGGACGUGUCCUUCCAUCUCGCGGAUACAUGCCGCCAUUCCAAUCGAGAGUUUCGUGACCUGUUCAUAUCUCAUGGAUUGCAGCUCGGCCUCGGCAUAUGCGAAACAAAAGCCGGCGCACUAAGUCUCGGGGAAUGCUCCUCCGCCUCCUCGGCAGUAUCGCCACUUCUGAUACACGUAGCCCAGCUAUGGGGCUGUCUGCUCUGGCAAGAAGUCAACCUCAAGUUCGGCGUGAGGGAAGAAGACGAGGAGCUGGCGCAAGUCCUUGCCCUGUUGAAUAUGGGACCCAGCAGCCCUCACGAUGCUAUGACGUUUGUCAUGGCUCAUUGUCUGCUCUCGACGUAUCAUUUCUCGAAGGUUAACAUGGUGGACGGACGGGAGCAUCUCAUCAAAGCCGCUACUGUAGCUUCGGAUUUCCAACUAGGAUUUGACCAGGUGGCUUCACGGGCUAUUUCUGACCAUCCGUCGAAUGGACUUUAUUCGGCGCAAGAGGAAACCGCUAUCUUAUGCCAACUGAUAUAUCACGACAUUGGCUGUUCAUUAUUAAUGAAUGUUCCCUCUGCUGGAGAUGGGCGGAUGUAUAACCAAUUUAAAAACCUCCAGUGGCGUCCUUCCGACUUCUCAAAUUUAGACCUGAUUAUCUGCCGAGCGCACAGCGUCUCACACCUACAAGAAUCGGGCCAUCUCGCUGGCGUGUGGCUUGAAAACACAAAUGGCGCAAGCUCCUUCCCGGCAUGCUGCUACGAGUGGUACUUCGACCUACUGCAGCGGACGUGCGACCACAUCGCCACGCUCACCCCAGCGCUGCUCAAAUUCUCCGUCCUCAGCUGGGACCGUCAUCGGCUGCUCGUGCUCAAGCUCUGUCUCGCAAUGGAGCACGCAGCAGCAGCGGAAUUGUAUGAACUGCUGGCGGAUACAGAGCCGAGCUGCGGAGACAAAGCAGUGAGCGCAGCAUUGGAGAUCGUGCGCAUUACCGCCACGUUCGAGGACUGCGAUUUCCACUUCCUGGAUCCGAUUCUCGGGAUCUGUUGGACGGCAGCGGCGAGGGUGCUCAGGAAGAAGCAGGCAGUGCUGCGCAAUAGUUUCAGGUCAGCAAGCACUGGGCUACUCCAACUGGACGAGUCGACAAUUCGUCGUAGCCUCUCCACUAUGGUCACAGCAUCGCUAAAACUCGAACGCUCGAUGCCUUUCGUGACUCGUCCGCCAUCCACUGAAGAGAGUUAG